GUCAAAACGAGGCAGAAGAGAAACGCAAACAAGUUGUCAGUCACCAACAUCUUCGCCGACUUCUUUGUCAAUGCCAAACUGAAACUGAAAGUCGAAACUGAAAGUCGUGCGUCACGGUCUUUGGCCAAACGUUUCCAAUCAAUUGCUCCCAAACCAACAUAUAGUCAACCAACAAACUUGUUAUCUUGUAACGACCUUCAGUCAACCAACGCUCAACAACGAAGACAUCUACCUGCAUCGUUCUCUCAAAGUAAUGAAAGCCAAACCACCAACAGCCCUCCGCCGGUACAAUCAGAAGAAAUUACCCUUUUAUCCACAUGCGGAUUACAAGCAUUGAAGGUAAACUACCAAAAAAUAUAUUUCUGUCUAUUGUAUAUUAAGAUAUUACAUUAUAUCAAUUUAUUAUAUAAUACUCUACUGAUACAAUGGCUAAAAAGUAUUGUCAAAAACUUUUCACUACAGAGUGAAGCGGAGUCAACAUCCAGUCUUAAUUCCUCCCAAAAAAAUAAGUUAAUUGAAGAGAUUGUCAAAGGAUCUCCAACUUUCCUUGCACGAACUGUGAUGGAAAUUCCACAAUUGAAGAAGUGUGUUAUGGUUUUGUUUGUUGAGGACAUAAACGAAAAAUGCAAAAAACUUUGCUCGAAAACCAAAGAGAAACCUUCGGUUUUGCGAGUUACCCGAGAGCAGCAGAAAAAUCUUGCUGAAUUUAAAUGGAUUUCUCUACUACGCGAGAUGAAGGAAAGGGUGCCCGAGGUUCUUCAUAUCUUAAUGGCUAUAGCAUCACCUCGCGUGAAAAAUGAUAAUUCGCAAGUGGCUCCAUUGUGUACUGCAUUUGGAAUAUUGAUGCACUUACGUUCCAGAGAGUUAUCCCUUGUGCAGAAACUUAAUACUGUUGUCAUCGGAACAGGAAAUGCUACGAAAAAGGUAUGGUUCGUUUUAGAGUGUCCCUAUAUGUGCCAUAUAGUGUGUUAAAAGUCGUCAGUUGUGUGUCAUAAAACCGAAAUGAUUUGUGAGAAGUCGGGCUAUUUGCUAACCGAUCGCGCCAGAUCUAUACACUUUUUUUGUCCUAUUACACAAUACGCGCAUUAUAAUCAGUGAUAAUGUACGCAAUAUGUUGCGCAUUUUACAUUUAACAAAGUAUAACAAUUAAGUUUGAUUUCAUCAAGUCUUUAUUUUUACACCAUUUUAAGCUAAAUUACAAUGCUAACGAUAUGUAUGAUUACAAUGCACGCCUUGUGUAAUGGGCUGAAAAGCGUAAAGUCAAGAGAUAUCAUAUUCCGUCAAACAUAAGAAGCUGGCGCGCUCGGUUGGCAAAUAGCCCGACAUCCCACAAAUCCAGUAUUAUUCCGUAGCAACCAUCCUCAGAGAUACGAAAAACUAGUUCCAUAUUAAUCUUAUUAUUAAUCUAAUAAUAAGAUUAAUAUGAAACUAGUUAUUCCGUAGCAAUUUAUGGAAUAUUUCCGAACUCGUUUCCGAACGCCACAUACCGUACACAAGAAAUAUUUGUCGAUCUUAAAGGGCCGGAACAUAUACUACGCGUACUCUUCGUUUUAAUGCUAUUGUUUUAAAAAGUACACUUCCUUUAACAGAUAAGUGCUAAGAGUUUAAAAGAACGCAAUAAUGAUAAUUGAUGUACAGUAUUUGACAGUAUAAACAAUAAAAUCUUUUCCAGGUGCGCAGAAAGAUAAUUAAAUUUGACCAUCUUUAUGUUACUGAGACGUAUAUUAUGCGUCUGAUUGAAGUUGUGAAGGCAAUCGUAGUUCGUCUGGUUGUACGUGUAUUAAUUAUACUUAGAGUCUGCGCAAGCACGGUUAAUAGAUCUAGUUCUAUAGAUUUCAGGUUUUGCCAAAUGUCAAUGACGAAUUUUGUCAUUUGACGCUAUCGCCAGAUGACGUGACAGUGCAUUUUCAAAUAUAAUUUAAUUAAAACUGAAUCGGCCCGACAAAUCGCAGCGUGUGCGCGUACCUUUAUAACGUCAUAAAGACGUGACAAAAUGGAUGCCGACAAAGGAACUAGGUCGAUUCGCGUGAAAAAUUUCGCUAGUGGAAAACCGGCUUUAGGGAUGAUCGGUCAUUAAUAAUGGGAGGAGGGCGGUGUGUGAUAAAUACCAAAUAUUGAACACUUUUUAUAGCCACUCCGAUCGCAAGACCUCUAUUUUCAAGACGCUUCAUCUAGAAAAUUUAGGACCCCAUCCCUCCAACAUUUAAUUUUUGCUGUAAAAAAGGUAAUGGUACAAGUACGGGUGUAAGACAUUGUGUAUCCUAAAUAAUUAGAGGACCAGUAUUAAAAACUGUUAUUAUUUACUCCGACUCCUAUGGUGAAUUGCAUAUACGUAAUAAACUAUGGAAACUACGAUCAUAGGAACUAAAAAGGGUGAAUACGAUAAAGGUGUAGAAAAUGAUAAAGGAGAGAGACAGAGAUGAGUAAGAAAGCAUAAAAAUUUGAGUCGCCGCUUUUCGCAUAUUUUUCAGGUUGAGGCCGCCCUCAAUUCAGGCACUGAAAAAUAGAUGAGCUACCCCAUUCUCAUCCACCACCACCCCAUUCUCAUCCCCCACCACCCUCCCUUUAUUAAUGACCGGUCCCUAAUACGAAUAUUUUUUGCGACUGGUGGUGAUCAGUGUUUAUGUUCUUUAGAAAGAUUUCUAUAUAUUGUACUGUCUUUCAUUAUCGCCUGCACGUAUGUGCAGGUACCAACCUCUAAUAAAAAAUUAUUUAAUAAAUUCCUAAAAUAUAAUUUCAUUCAUGCGCUCCGCUAUUAAAAUGGCCAGUAAAAUUUAAAAGAACGGUACGCGCUUAGCCGCUGAUUUUAAGGUGUAUCUGCAAUUUUAGACGUUCCAGAGACUUGCUAAACACGGAGUCACUCAGAGUAGAGAAAGCUUCAGAAAUCUAAUGGAUGAUGUUGGAGGUGAUUUGCGAAAUGAAAUCAAACAGUUGGUGAAAACGGAAGGAAGACCACGGAUGGUGUUUGAUAAUUUUGAUUUUAAAAUACUGGCCAACAUAAUUUUACCCAACCAUCAGAAUUCGGAUAUGCAUUGGAUUGCACAAUUCAUGACAUUUGAUAGGUUCCCUGCCGAUCUUUUGGACAACACCAAGCCACUUGUUACUGAUGUCAAGUUGUUCAAUAACAAGGAGUACUUGUUGACCGAAACAGAACUUCAGACGAUCAAGUCAAACUUCUGCACUUUAGUUAUGAGAAUACUGAUUGAAUUCGUUCCUUGCAUGAAGCAUCUUAAAAGUGUGGUCGAUAAUCAUAUACCACACAAGUAAGUCCCAUACAAUUAUUGUCUGAAUAAGAUCUUGUCCAAACGAACUCGCACAAAAAAAUCUAAUACCUGUAUAUUUUCAUACAAAAAAGGAAAACUUUGAGUUGGAAUGCAUGGUGGGUGUGGUGAAUAUUUUCCCAACAGGAAAUGAAAUGCACGAAUUUCGAUUUAGCCUUACCCGUGCUCUGAUAACCUCUUUAUAACAUGUAGAUAAACAUUGUUCGAGUUGUCACGGAGAGUUAACAUAGUCAUAUAACUUCAGUUUGUUUUUAAAUCCCCCCGUAUUUUUUUCUCCAAACUUGUCAACCUUUUAGAAAGGGGGGGGGGGGUUACGAUUGGUAAUUAAGCCAGCAUCUUAACCGACGUAAGUAAUACAUUAUAUUUGCGCUAAUGAAUAUCCAGGCAUAUGCAUGCAGGAUAAUCAUGCAUAAACGUGACAUUUUCACGAAUAGCAAAAUGAGUUUCCCAACUUUUUGAAUGUUUAUCAUUACCAUUGGUACUAGUUGGAUUGAUACGUUUACGCAUUUUCUCAUGCAAAAUGCCAAUGAUAUUUCUCUCUAUUUUAUGAAAAAGGUACUCAAAUAAAAUGUCAAAGAAAUCAUGUAUUGUUGGUAUGCCAAUUGUACCAUACAAUCAAACGAAGCAUUCAGAUGUUUGCCAGUAUUUGGAAUAUGUAGAAAACUUCCUUGUUGAAGUGUUCAGACAAGAAAACGAGCCAGAGAUCAAGGGUGAUGACAAAAAAGCGGAGAAAGCGAAACAGAAUGAUCGAAUCUUGAAGGACGUCGAGCUGCCUCUUUGUGGCGAUUUACUGGGUCGUGAGCGUGUAACUGGAGCGAAGAAAACACGGAUGGGGUGUGAUCACAAGACGGAAAGAUUUGACAACAUUUUUGAAAACGUUGCCCAAUGGCACACAAAGCAGUCAUUUUUGGGGGUAAGAUCAAAUUUUUCGCAUGAAUUUUAUGCAUUCAUGUAAAUGCUAUAUUGUUAACUUUGUAUAGAAAUAAGGAUCGGUAAAUGGGUUUUAAAAUAAUUAUUUAAGCCUGGUUCGCUCUAACAAUUCUAUACAGGGCCGUUGAGAUAAUUCCAGGGCCGUGCCACCUGGGGGGAGGGGGGGUGAUACCCCCCCCCCCAAAGAAAGUAAAAAAGGGGGCCCAAAUUGUGGAGAGGGGCCCAAAUUGCGGAGAGGGGGCCCUGGAAAGCGGAACGUGUUAAAUAUUAAGGAAUUUUCUGGAAAGUUGGUCUAAACAGGUCUUCAAAAUUAAAUUUAAGCCCCCAUUAUGUAAACCUAGUGUUUGAAAAAAUUGAGGGGGACUCCCCUCCCCAGUAUUUUCCGGAAAAAUUCUUUGGUUUCUGGAAAAAAAAUUUUGAGGGGGCCGCCAAAUUUUUUAUUUCACUCCCUCAACCAAAAACCACUUGGCACGGCCCUGGAUAAUUCGCGGGUCCAUGGGGAAAUAUUCCCUGAGGGCCCAAUGACAUCAUAUUUUAAGCUACACCCAACCAGACCUUAGACUUUCAUGUGGAGGCACUGUAAGGGGACCUCAAUUAUCUGACCAAUUUGGGGUACUAUUAAGGUGGGGGCCCGUGGCAAUUUUGCCUCCCCCUGCCGCCCCCCUGAGUGUGUCGGCGAUUUUACUCCUCCUGGUGAAUGUUAUCGAAUGAAUGACUUCUAAAAAGCGACUCUAUAUUUUUGUGUGCGAGUUCACUAAUUUGCAUCCGUCAGAAACACAAAAUCGCCGACAAAAUUGCUAGUGUCAACCAGACUUAAGGCAACUUUAGUGAAUGCAACGGCGUAUCUUAAACAUAUUGUAAUAAGCUGGAUGGUAAAAUAAAUAUGUUUCCCGCUUCAUAUGGACAAAACUAAACUUACGUAAAAUAAUGUUGCAAAUAGCAGUAUAACUUAUGACUCAAUUGAAUCAUCAUUAACACCCAUUAACAUUUCAUUAUUUUACAUACUUGUAGUACACGUGGGAAAACUUGUACAAAGCAACUCCAGUGUCUGGAAGAGAAGAAGGCACUCUGUACAAUUUCAGGCAACAAUUCAGUAUGACCAACGUGUACAAAGACGUGAAGAAGAACUACAAGAGUGCUGAACACCUCAUGCUCUGCAGUACGAAAGCGUACGUAUGUAGUGCAUUCAUGAGUUGGGCAGGAAUGGAAAACCUUGACGAUGAUCCUGAACACCUAAUUAUUCCAUCGAAGUACUCGAAGUUAGAGGAGAAACAAGAUUUCGUCGAAAGGGAGAUUGGCAGUUUUGUUGAACAAUACGUUCUUUCAGAAUUUGAUGUCGAGAAAGCUCAAAGAGAGGAAAUCGAGAAGAUUAAAGAAAAUGAAAGCACAGAGCGACAGUCAAUAGGUGAAACUGCUUUAGUUGGCCAACAGAAUUUCAAAAUAGGUAAAGUAUAUCUCACUCGUAAAAAUAGACUAGGUCUAGGAUACCAAUGUAACGAACAAACGGAACAGCCUUUAAUAGCCAUGUGUGGCGAUAUAAUGAUCUGUUUACCAGUUCAGUUUAUGUUAAUCAUAGGAGAUAUCGCCAUAAUGGUACAAGCAGAUGUUACAAACAAAGACUAUUACUAUCUUGGUAUGGGCAAGGUAGUUGAGCCCGCUUUGUCUACCACAGACCAACCAGCGGAUGCGAUAUUUUUGCAUGUGCUUGCAGUCGGAAACACAAUAUCAACACUUGUCAAAGUAGGUCAAGUUGUUUCAUGGCCAAAGAUCAAUCUCGCCCUGCCACUUAAACAAAGCUCCCUGCCUACUUCUGAAAUUACGAUGGACCUGUCAGAAGAACACAGUGACGACAGAGUCAUGAAUUAUGCAUUGCAAUGCAUUCAAUUAGGUAUCAUGCUUAUGCAAUUGAAUGAUACAGAGAAAGAAGGAGACGGUGAUAGAUGUCUGAUGAACUGGAAAAUAUUAAUGCUGUAUUUCAGAUCACGCAAACAUGGUAUGAAAUAUGCGUUUGAAGCUAUGAGAUUGCUUACAUGCACAAAAGCGGUGUUUACUGAGCAAAUGGCUCAUCGGAUUAUUCACGGACAGUUCGUAAAUGCAAAAGGAGGGCCCGGAAAUAACUAUUCCAAUGAUCUCAAGAUGGAGACAUUGGUAAAAGACCAUAAAGUCAUUUUGAAAGGAUUAUGUGGAAACAAAACGCUAAAAGCUGUCCAGAGAAGCACAAAUGCGGUGUACGGAUUGAGAAGUGUGGUGCCAGCAAUCGACGAAGAAAGUAAUGUGAAACCGGACUCCACAAAACAUACACAUGCCAGUUCAAACAAGAUUGUGGAGGAAAUGAUAAAUGUACUUCAAGCAGUGAAGCCUUUCCACGAACAACCUGGAAGAAUGUUGCGUUCAUUUCCUGAUAUUUCUAAGAGCCCACUUGAUCGUCUUGACGUAACUGCUUUACAUAAAUGGUUGACGCACAACAAAAACAGACUAUUUGCAAACACAUUCGCAUCAAGUGAUGAUGUUGCAGAUAAUGAAGAUGAGGAGGCAACACUACAUGAUGAUGAUGAAAGUGAUGGUGAGAGGUUAAGUGAAAGCGAAGACGAAAUGGAAGUUCUCAUUGUAUAA